CACCAUUUGUCCCUUGUCGCCAGCCUCACACCUUUCCAGAGAGCAUUUAAAGCAUAGAACCCCGCAGCUGCAUGAUCACUUUCAUAUAGCUCCAGCAGCACCACUACUCUCAGCUAUCCGGCCGGAUCGAUCGAUAGAUAGAUUACAUGGGUGCCCAUGAUGAUCAUGACCAACCUCUUCCGGCCAGCUCCACAUUAGUAUUCCCUCCCAUAGAGAAAUGUAGCUCUGAAGGGAGAUCUAACCAAUCGGUGGCCGCCGAUCUGGACGGCACGAUGCUCAUCUCUCGUAGCGCUUUCCCUUACUUCAUGCUUGUGGCAAUUGAAGCCGGGAGCCUCUUGCGAGGAAUUCUCCUCUUGGCCUCCGUCCCUCUUGUCUACAUCACUUAUAUUUUCUUCUCGGAAUCACUUGCUAUUCACACCCUCAUUUUCAUUUCCUUCGCCGGCCUCAGGCUUCGGGACAUCGAGACGGUUGCUCGAUCCGUGCUACCAAAAUUCUACGCCGAGGAUGUGCAUCCGGAAGGGUGGAGGGUCUUCAGCUCAUUUGGGAGGAGGUAUAUAGUUACUGCGAAUCCUAGAGUUAUGGUGGAGCCAUUUGCAAAAACAUUUCUUGGGGCUGAUAAGGUGAUCGGUACCGAGCUGGAGGUCAGCAGCUCCGGUAGGGCCACCGGUUUUCUCAAGAAGCCGGGGGUUCUUGUUGGGAAUUUUAAGAGGGCGGCUUUAGAACGCGAGUUAGGUGCCGCAAAUGAUUCUUCGCCGGAUGUGGGGAUUGGAGAUAGACCCACCGAUUACGACUUCAUUUCCGUUUGCAAGGAAGGAUAUUUGGUGCGGGCAAGUAAAAAUCAAAGCCCGGUCCCACGUGACAAACUUCUGAGCCCAAUCAUCCUCCACGACGGCAGGCUCGCCCAGCGGCCGACUCCGCUUGUCGCUCUUCUGACUUUUCUGUGGAUGCCCGUGGGGUUUGCCCUCUCCCUCAUCCGCGUCUACGUAAACAUCCCUCUUCCGGAGCGCAUCGUCUACCACAACUACAGGCUGAUGGGCAUCAAGCUGAUCGUGAAGGGCACCCCACCGCCCACCGAUCCCAAAAAAGGACACAAAGGCGUUCUCUUCGUCUGCAACCACCGCACCGUCCUCGACCCAAUCGUCACCGCCGUCGCCCUCCGCCGCAAAGUCAGCUGCGUCACAUACAGUAUCAGCCGUUUCUCAGAGCUCAUCUCCCCGAUCAAAGCAGUUGCUCUUACGCGCGAACGCGACAGGGACGCCGAGCACAUCAAAAAACUGCUCGAGGAGGGGGACCUCGUCAUCUGUCCCGAGGGGACCACCUGCCGCGAGCCUUUCCUGCUGCGCUUCAGCGCGCUAUUCGCGGAGCUCACCGACAGGAUCGUUCCCGUAGCCAUCAACACGAAGCAGAGCAUGUUCCACGGCACAUCGGUUAGGGGAUGGAAGCUGCUCGAUCCUUAUUUUUUCUUCAUGAAUCCGCGCCCCACAUACGAGAUUACCUUCCUCAACCAGCUGCCUAGAGAGCUCACUGUCGCGGGCGGGAAGUCGCCCAUCGAAGUCGCCAACUAUAUACAGCGCGUACUAUCCGCCACACUCGGCUUCGAGUGCACUUCCUUCACACGAAAGGAUAAGUACAUUAUGCUUGCUGGCAAUGAUGGCCGCGUCACCACCUCCUCCUCCUCCUCCUUCAAUAAGCAUGCUGCAGGUGACAAUAUCAGAGAAGGCCCCGACGUCGUCCGCAGUUAACUCAUUCAUCCGUCGCAGCAAGACAUUUAAUUUCGAUCAGGACUAUAUAUAUAAUUGCAUUUCUUCUUCAAUCGAUCACUUUGUCAGCCUGUCCAGCUGCUUCAUUCCAAUAUUUAUGCCUGCAUUUAUUAAUAUUUGUCAUCCAUAUUGAUCUGCAUCUGAGAUCAUACAUAGUUAAGAUUUGUGAUUUUAGCGUACUACCUACUAUAUUUUCCAAGGAUAUAUAAAUGGAGAUCCAUGCAGGUG